AUGUAUUAUAGUACCAAUAGCCCUCAAAACUCAACACCACAUCAUCAUACCAAUUCUACAACAUGUCCGUCCAUCACAACAAAUUCCGAAGAAAUUUCAUCUCCAGUCAAAACUAUUAAAUCAUCGUCUCCACAAAAUAAUUUGAUACAAAAUAUAGCCUCACAUGUCAUUCAAGAGGAUUUGGAACUCUAUGAUGGAACAAAAAGUAGAUCUAUUUCAAAUGCUUCUUCAGUUGCAUCAACAACUCGAUUAAUCGAAAUGCACGAGAAGAAUGUAAUAUCAUCAUCCGCAAGAUAUAUUGAUUUUAGUACUGCUUUUGAUUACUUUGUAAAUCAGAAAAAAGAAUUGGACAUCAAUAACACUGUAAAAUUUACAAUGAAGGAGGGUGAAUGGACCAAUGUUUCAGAAAAUUGUUGCUUUUGCAUGACACGAAGAAGAAGAGUUCUUUUCGAGUCUUUGAAUAGUGAUUUAUUGGAAGAACUACGAACUUAUUUAGCAUUAAUGACAGUACCAUUCAGUAAUUCAAAUUCAAUUCACACAGAUAUGUGUCAAGAGGUUUUUUACUCGAUCAUGGGAAGGGAGAUUAGUACCAAGGACAACCUGGCUACGGUUGAUGUUGGAAAUUCACAACCCAAUACAAUGAUUACUAAGGAAUGGGAGCUGAUAGGUUUUUUAGGACCAAAUCUCGAAGAGGAAUUUCGAGGUUUUGGUGUACUGGGUGCUUUAAUGUUAUUAUAUUUCUGUACGCAUCACAAAGAAUUGGCUCAAAAGAUUUAUGCUCUUUCUCUCCAUGAAAAAAAACACUUCCCAUUUGCUAUUUCAGUACUACAUUUACUAAAAAUUGCGAUUGAUCUCAUUAAGGGAAGGAGGUUUAACAAGUUUAUCAAUGAAAAUCAUAGUGUCAUGCGAACAAUGCAAAUAGUACAUGCAGAUAUUUGUAGAGAGUUUCUAAAACUGUGGUCAAGCAAGUCAUACACGGAAUUGGAUUUUCAUCACAUCAUUGAGUCCUACAAUUUUGAGAUUGUACACAAGGAAAGUUAUGCAAAGAAAUUAUUACUUUCAGAUUGUACACAGCACAUGUUUCAUCGUGGUCAUGACUCUCCAAUAUCACAAGAAAGAUCACCUGCUUCACCUUCUUCAUCUUCACAACAAACAACUCUCAAGAAUAGAAACGUUUUCAAGUAG